CAGGAGACUAAAGUUCAUUUCAAAGAAUAAACUGUACCAGAUCCAAGGAAGUCUGUGAAGGCUACGUUUCCAGGACUGGAAAAGCUAUGACAGACACCAGCAAGAUGAUCAUCAAUUUGGCUGUCUUUGGCAGGACGCAGAGUGGAAAAAGUUCUGCUGGGAAUAUCCUCUUGGGAAGUGAUGACUUCUACAGCGGUCUCUCUCCAGGUUCAGUGACCACAGAGUGCAACCUGGGCCGCAGCUGCCAACUCCACAGCUUCAUGCGUCGAGGGGGACAAGAAAUCACCCUGCAGAUACAGGUGUUGGACACUCCAGGGUAUCCACACAGCAAGCUGAGCAUGAGACGUGUAAAACAGGAAGUCAAGAAUGCCCUGGCACAUCACUUUGGGCAAGAGGGUCUCCAUCUUGCUCUGCUGGUCCAGAGAGCUGAUGUGCCUUUCUUUGGGCAGGAAGCAUCUAAUCCAGUCCAGUUGAUCCAGGAACUUCUGGGAGAUUCUUGGAAGGAUUACACUGCUGUUCUUUUCAGCCAUGCAGAAAAAAUAGAAGAAGCGGGGAUCAGUGAAGACGAGUAUUUGCGUGAGGCUCCUGAUGCACUGGUGACUCUGCUACGCUCUGUUCAGCAGAGGUAUACUUUCCUGUGCGAAAGUGGAAACUCGUGCAAUGAACAAAGAAUUAAAAUCUUAGAAACAAUCAUGGAAUUUAUAAAAGAAAAUCAUUAUCAAGUUCUCAGGUUUACAUAAAACUUAAGCAAAAAGAAAAGUGUACUGGAUAUCUAUUAGGGUCAGGAAUCUGAUUUUAAAAUCUGCCUUUGUUCACAUGAAUAUUGGAGAUGAGAAUUCCCUGUACUGCUGUAUAGCCAUUUUGGAAAACUGUAAAUAAAAAUUAAUGACAAGGAUUCAAGAUUUCUAUUACAAAUCUCACGAUGUCAGAAUUAUCCAACAGAGAGUGAACUUCUGUGCAUUAAGAAAGAGGCAUAUAUGAGAAUGCUCAUGAUGGCACCAUUCAUAAUAGUUAAAAACUGAAAACUAACCAAAUUCUCAUGAAUAGAAUGAUGUGCAUAUUGCAGUAUAUUCACACAGUGAGGGGCUACAGUAAUGAAAGUGAGCGAAAUCAAUUAUCUCUAACAGUAGAGUCAACUGUUUGACUACAAUGCCAAGAGAAAGAAGCCAGACAUGAAGUGCGCUUCAUGACUCCAUUUAUAUAAAGGUCAGAAACAAUCAAAAUGAAUGCUACUUAACUACUCUGGAGGUAGAAGUGCUGGAGACCAGGAGAGCAGAAAGAUGCUGUGGGGUAGCCUUUGAAGAUUUUAAUGCUAUUCCCUGGCUUGGAUGCUGUUUCAUAGGGCAUGUACCUUUUGAAAAUGAAGCAAAAUUUCUUAUAGUUCAUAAGUUCCUCACUAUAUUUGAAUGCAAGCUAAAAUGAAUAAAUCUUCCUCAUUUUUAAGAAAUUAACCUCACUACUUACUUCAUACAACAGACAGAAAAUUGUACGACCUUGGAACACAUAGUCUGUUUCCUCUCUUGGAACACAUAAUCCAUAGUUACUGCAACAAUUAAGUGAAUUGGUAUGCGACAGAGACUCAGUGCUAGCUUUCCUUUCUGCUUUAGGGAGACCUCCUAGCUCUGUUUAGGGUUAGGAAUAUUAAGGAAAACUCAGAGCAAGCUCUUUAGCAAAUCCCAUAAUAGCUACCGUAGCUGACUGUAAGUGCAGCCUUCACUGAGGAAGAAGGGGCCCCUCCAGUUAUUUGUUUGCUUUGCUAGAGAAGUAUAAAGGUGAUUUGGCUACGUAAGAGUGAUCUCCAGGGUGGUCUGAAUACACCAGAGAUAAUGAAAGGAAAGCAAUUCUAGUUAUUAUAAGUCAAGUCUAUCACCAAGGCAGAAUCAUAUCACUGUCACGUGUGAUCAGAUAACAAUCUUCCCAGAGUGUCACUAAUUUAUAAACUGAUUUCAUAAAGUUAAAUUAUGUUUUUAUUUUUCUUACUGUGGUAGCCUGUAGUAAUUUCCAUUAGAAACAGGAUUAUGACUAAUGAGUUUUCUCCAAAAGCAGUUCUCAAAAGGCUACUUUUAUGCACACUAUUAUUUGAACUCUAUCACAUAUGGUGAUUACUAAACAAACAAACAACUUCCUACUUGUUAGGUAGACAGCUAAAGGGUAUCAGAGAUUGAGCCUUAAUUCUUUUCCAUUAUUUUAUUAUAUCUUUCCUUUAUUACAAGAAUUGUUUAAUGAUAAUGGGUGCUUAAUUGAUACAUAACAUUUGUACAUCUUUAUAGUGUGUUGUGGGAAUUCAAUGCAUGUCAUAUAAUGUGUAAUGAUAAAAUCAGGAUAAUAAGCAUUUGACCUUUUAAAUUAUCAGUCAUUUUUAAUGGUUGGGAAUUUUGUACUUCUCUAGUCAAUUUGAAAUAUAUCAUAGUCAAGCUAGGCAUGUGAUCUAGUAGUGUAGUGCUUGCCUAGCUUGCAAAGGCCCCUGGUCCAAUCCUGUCAAGGCAAAAUCAGAACAACAAAAUGAAAUAAUAUUUGUGGGAAGAGGUGGGGUGAAAGUGAUGAGCAUGCAUUGCAUGUCUGUGUGACAUGUAACAGCUUUAAUAAAGAACAAAAAGGAAAAGUCUAGUAACUUACAAUACUGUUAUCUUGCGCCACAUGAAAAAACACAAAGGAUUUCUCAAACUCUGUAAUUUGUAAUUUUCUUGGCACCCAGAAGUUCAAGUUUUCUCGGUUAUUUUUUGUUUUUAUAAGAUUUCCUGAUAUUAUCAGAUUAAUUUUUCUAACUCUUCUCUCAAAUUAUUUUGUAGUCUGGGUACACAAGUGUCUUGUCAAAUAAAACUGUUACAAAAUCA